CGAAACGCUACGAUGGACGAGCAUCAACUGCUGAAAGAAAGGGACUACAACGAGGUGUACUAUUAUCAGUACGACCCGAGCAAGAAACAACAACUGCUGCAGCCACAGCAGCAACAGCAACAACAACCGUCGCAGCUGUUCACCUGUUUACUUUGCGGCAAGGAGUACAGUUGGAUGUACAGCCUUCGCAGGCAUCAGUUACAGUGCGGGAACAAAGAAGCGAGGAACAAGUGCAACUUUUGCUUCAGAAAAUUUUACAGACGAGAUAGGCUGAAAGAACACUUGCUAGCUCGUCAUCCAGACUUGAUUUAG